AUGACUGAAAGAUUUGAUUCCCCAAAAAUUUACACUCCUUAUCGUUCUCGUGGUCAAAAAUUAUUCAGAUGGCGAAGAUCAGUAAUACCAAAAGUUCUUUUCUCUACUUUCAUAGUAACCACGAUAGCAACUAUAGUAACUGUACUUUAUAAAUACACUUCUGUGAAUUUAUCUAUGGAAAAAUCCUUUAUUGUUUCAGUUGGUUUUGUGGUUUCUUUUUUGCUUGGUUAUAGAACUAAUACAGCUUAUGACAGAUAUUGGGAAGGGCUUCGAAUAUGGUCUACAAUGGUAGUAGCCAUUAGAAACAUGACACGUAUUAUUUGGAUAAAUAUCAAAGAGAAAGAAUCCAAACAUUUACUUGAGAAAGAAACUGCUAUAAAUUUACUCCUAGGAUUCGCCAUUGCUACCAAACAUCUUCUUCGUGAAGAACAAGGAUGUGAUCAUCAAGAUCUGAAACCUUACAUCACUAAUAUCCAUAACCAACUUACUGAAUUCUCUGCAAAACGUAAUUCGAAAACCCAAAACAAAAAUAAAUCAUCUUUCUUAAAUUCUAUAUUUAAAAAUCCCAUCGAAAUUGAUGCAAAAUUAAUCGUGGAUAAGAACCUUCCAUUGAAAAUCUCUUUAUAUAUUUCCUCUUAUAUUUCUGCUCAAAAACAGCGUGGUUCUACUGAUGAUGCCUCUAUAAGUAUUUUACAUACAAAUCUUUGUACAUUAGUAGAUUGUUUAACCAAUCUCGAAAGAGUUUUAAGAAGCCCCAUUCCUUUAGCAUAUGCUAUUCAUCUUACUCAAGUUACAUGGUUAUAUUGCUUAAGUUUGCCAUUUCAAUUGGUGGCAGAUCUCGGAUGGGUCACUAUUUUAGUAACGUUCGUUGCAACCGCUACUUUAUUGGGUAUAGAAAGGAUUGGUGAAGAGAUAGAAAAUCCAUUUGGUCAUGAUGAAAAUGAUUUAAAUUUAGAUGAUUUUUGUGGACUCCUGAAACAAGAAUUAUCCAACAUUACAGCCAAUAAACCUCCUAAUAUGGAAGACUGGAUUUUUAACUCCGAGGUGCAAUCUAUUCUCGAAAAUGAUGAUUUACAAAAUAGAAAUGUUUUAAAUAGAGAAAUUGGAAUUAAUAGAACAGAUAGUCAAGAUACCUUGAAUCCAGAAAUGACUAUAAAUAUGGAAAUGAAAUAA